GGCAGCGCUGGGCGGCGGCGAUGGGGCCGUGCUGAGCCUCCGCGGGUGCCCAUGAGGCGCCGGGCAGAGCCGAGCCGAGCCGGGCGGGCUCCAGCCAUGCAUCCCGCUGCGCCCGCGGGCACAUGGGGCAGCGCUUGAACCGCUGCCUCGAUGCCCCCGUCGCGUUGCCGCCGCUGAGGCGGAGGCUGCUGCUGCUCUUCAUCAUGCUCUUCCUCUGGCUCUACAUGUUCUACUCGUGCGCCGGCUCCUGCGCCGGGCUGACGACCCGCGGGUCACCCGCGCCGCCCCGCACGGCCCCGCCGCUGCCCCCGCUGCUGCCGGGAGAGCCAGGCGAGGAGGGCAGCCUGGAGGAGCAGCGGGCAGCGCCCGACGCCGGCAGCCCCAUCUCCAGCUUCUUCAACGGCUCCGGUACCAAGCGGCUGCCGCAGGCCAUCAUCAUCGGCGUGAAGAAGGGCGGGACGCGGGCGCUGCUGGAGUUCCUGCGGGUGCACCCCGACGUGCGCGCCGUGGGCGCCGAGCCGCACUUCUUCGACCGCAACUACGAGCGGGGACUCGCCUGGUACAGGGAGCUGAUGCCCAGGACACUGGAGGGGCAGAUCACCAUGGAGAAGACCCCCAGCUACUUUGUGACCAAGGAGGCGCCAGCCCGCAUCUCCUCCAUGAGCAAGGGCACCAAGCUGAUCGUGGUGGUGCGCGACCCCGUCACCAGGGCCAUCUCGGACUACACCCAGACCCUCUCCAAGAAGCCUGACAUCCCCACCUUUGAGAGCCUGACCUUCAAAAACAGGACUACAGGCCUCAUAGACACCUCGUGGAGCGCCAUCCAGAUCGGCAUCUACGCCAAGCACCUGGAGAACUGGCUGCUGCACUUCCCCAUCGGGCAGAUCCUCUUUGUCAGCGGGGAGAGGCUCAUCAGGGACCCCGCGGGGGAGCUGGGCAGGGUCCAGGACUUCCUGGGCCUCAAGAGGAUCAUCACGGACAAACACUUCUACUUCAACAAAACCAAGGGCUUCCCGUGCCUGAAGAAGGCGGAGGGCAGCAGCAAACCCCACUGCCUGGGCAAGACCAAGGGCAGGACCCACCCUGACAUGGACCAGGAGGUGGUGCAGAGGCUGAGGGACUUCUACAGGCCCUUCAACAUGAAGUUCUACCAGAUGACAGGGCAGGACUUCGGCUGGGACUGAGCCUGGCAUGGGAAAGUCCCCUGUUAUUACUUGCCCAGCAGGGUUUGCUUAUAUAAAGAGAUAUAUAUGUAUGUAAAAUGUACAGAAAUCUAUUUUAUAAUAAUUUAUUUUUAAUUCCUAAGCAAUUAAUUCACUAAGCUGCCUAACCGCACUGGCUAGAACGGUAGCCUGUAACCUGUUUAACAUUCCACGGUGUUUAAUUCUAAUGUCUCUCCUUUCCUUGGUUUUUUGCCCUUCUUCUUUCUCUUUGGUUUGGUUUGUAACAGACAGUGCUUCCACUUUUCCUAAACAAAAUUUGUAUUUAAAAAUCAAAAGGAGGGAGGGAGGGAAAGCACAAGUUUAUUUUUGUUACGGGUAUCUGGCCUUUAUAAAUGGUUGCUUUCCCUA